UUCUUCAUCAUAUUCUUUAAUUCCAUCUUUCACUUCUUGUCCACGUGUUUCGUUUUCUUGGUCGAUGUGUUGUUGUUGUUGGGGCAGUCGCGAAUCAUGUGUCCAGGUUGUCGGCAUCUAUGGCAUUGUUGAAUCGGUCCACCACAUCGUUGUUUUUGUUGGUUUCCAUUGGUUGGCAACUUGCGAUGUUGAUGAUUGUUGUUGUUGUAUGUUGUCUUCAUCUUUCCAUCAUCAUAAAAAUUUGCUGCUUUUCCAUUUCCAUUCUUUGUUGUCAGGAUGUUGUUUUCUUAUUCGUCGUUGUUGUCCACCAUUGAUUCUAUGUAGUCUGGUGUGA